AUCAUGCAUGGUGGGUUAGAUAAAUAAAGAUAGGUUCUCCAAUAAGUAACGAAUAAGGAAAAUUGAUCUCAGAUCCUUUUCCGUGGUGGUUGGUCAAAAUUGUUCCGGAAGGACAUUAUAUCUCAGGAAGACUCCCACCUCGGGAGAUCCAAAGGAGGGAAACCCUGCCCCUUUUCUUCCGGAAUUCCUCCCCAUUUCUUCUGUUUUUUCCGCAUCCACCAUAGAUUUUUUACCGCCGUCGCUCGAUCAAGUGACGCCCCAACCUCGGGACAGAAGAAAAAAUGGUGUAUCACUCUAGUUUUGUUGAUGAAGAGGGUAUCACCAAAGCUUGUGGGUGCCCUCUUCUUCCAUUAAAAAGUCACAUCAAGGGUCCUGCCCCACUCUCAGAUCCAGCAGACAAGAUUGACAUUGUAGAUGAAGCAAUUACUUUCUUUCGAGCCAAUGUUUUCUUUAGGAACUUCGACAUCAAAAGCCCAGCUGACAAGCUCCUUAUAUACUUGACACUUUACAUCAAUGUGGCCUUGAAGCGGCUGGAGGGUUGCAGAACGCUGGCUGUAGGGACCAAGGCAAUCAUUAAUUUGGGCCUUGAAAAGGUCCCUGUGCCUGGAGAGCCAGGAUUUCCUUUUCCUGGUCUAUUUGCCCUUCCUCAAUCUCAGCAAGAGGCAGAGCUGUUCAGGAACUAUCUGAAGCAGAUAAGAGAAGAGACAAGUGGAAGACUACUAAGCUGUGCUUAUAGACCUAAUGGUACUCCUAAUAAGUGGUGGUUGGCUUUUGCUAAGAGAAAGUUCAUGAACAUAAUUGUGCCAUAGGAUUUGUUUGUCUUUGAGAAGCCAGGUUGCCAAGUUAGCUUGCGAUCAAUAUUGAAGCAUCAUUUAUCUACUAUAGUUCAAGAAUUCACUAUAUUUUUGGUGUAUAUGGCAUGGCCUAAUUGCAAUGGUCGAGUGAAUUUGGGACUAUGUUGGGGAAUACUUGAAAUAAGAUGAUAUGUGCUAGUAUACACUUAAAUCAUAUCUUGAUUGAACUGAUUUCGAUGAAGUUUUGGUUCAAUUUUCCUUGAUA